GGAACCAAUUAUAAAGGCUACACCAACCCACCCGGAAGCAAAUAGUGACGCACAUGGGGAAGUAACAGCAUGGCGUCGGGUCACUUGAGCAAAAUAAACAGUCUAAUAUCGACAUUUUCCAAAUGUAGCAGAUUUUGGCUCGCCCAAACUUUCUUGGGUCCAGUUCGAGAUGCGUCCAAUGUCCGUGGUCCUUCCAUUGAUGACUGCAGUGACGUGGAGAUCGGUUUGACUUCAGACGGGAAGACCGUUGUGUGCUACCAUCCAACCGUGGAUAUUCCUUAUGAGCUCACCCAGCCGAUCGAGAGGCCCGACCCGCUCAGUAGCCCGCCCGAGACCCACGAGCAGGUGCUGAAGGCCCACCUCAGCAAGGAGGUGCUGAGGGACAAACCGGGUCCCACCAUAGAGGAGCUGAGCAAGAUGUUUUUCACCACCAAACACCGCUGGUAUCCAGUCGGACAGUACCACAUGAGACGCAUAAAAAAGAAUACUCCAAAGGACAGAUAGUUGUCUGUAUGUAUAUGUUAUGAGCAUGUUUCUGUAAAAUAAACUUCCAGGUUUGUGCACAGUA